AAGCUUCUGUGCAAAGGGAGGUAAAUCAAAUUUACUCUCUAAGGUACCAUAUCGCCAUCUGAUGGUGCUAUAUCAGCGGGUGCCCUAUCAGCAGGUUCGAGAUAACAAAACCGAAAAAUACCAGUCAACCAAGAGCAUGUGUGACCUUAAAGAUUAUGCAAACGAUUUCACUUUCCUCAUAGAACUCAAAUCAUAUUUGAAAGAAUAUGCAGAAACAAAUGCUUCGAAAAAUGUGGAAGACGGAAUAAAUAAGGGGAUAUAUUCCAAAUUAGUGGAUGGUCGUAGCAUCAGAUUAGUGCUACCUCAUGGUUAUCAUGUGCUUAGAAGUGUCUCUCUUGAAAGUGAUAUCAAUUUUGUUGGCUUCAUUGGUUUUAACAAACCAUUAGAGCAAGUGUCAGAAACUCUCAGGGAUAAAGUGUGGGAUAUUGAUGGGAAACUAGUUGAGGAAUUUUCUAACCAUGAAGAUAUUAUUGCGUACGUGUCUGCAGAACGAUCCAUAGGUGGAGAAUGGGGUAACUUGGUACUUCUUAAAUCAUUUGAUGCCAUUGAAAAAUGGAGGGACUGUCCAGUUCAUCAUACAGCUGUCAGUGAAAUUGCUCCACUCUAUUACACACGGAUAAGGAUCCACAGAGGUCGAAUUCAAAAUGGCAAAUUGAUUGCAGACCAGACAUUGUUUCUUGAUUAUGGAAUCACGCCUACCAAUAGAUGUGUGCAAGUUUGGAUUAAAUAAAAAUUCUUGAUUUAUCA